AUGAUGUUUCUCGCCAAACCUAGCACCCAAAGCUACACCUGUCAAGGAUUGAAGUUUGGCAGUGCCCUUGCACAGGCAAAAUUUUGUUGCAACCUUGAAAUUCCCCCACUUAAUUAUGCGGAAUUCACCAGACAAGAGGUUACUCAAAAUUUCUAUCCUGCCUGA